UCUGACCAGUGUGGAGAGAAGACCGCAGGAGAGAGACACAGGAAGAGGGUAAAGUUUAUCCUGUGGAGGGAGAGACUGUCUGUCUCAAACAUCAAAUCAGGAUGUUUGUUGUCAUCCUGGUGACCCUGCUGUUCUCUGUGAGAGGCAGCAAUGCUGACACAGGUGCAGAUUGGGGAAGACAAUUCUGUAACAGAGGAUACUGUAUCACUCUUAGUAAAGGAGAAAUAACAGCAGAGGCUGGACUCUGUGUUGUGAUACCGUGUCUUUUCACCACUGAAUAUGGCUUUAUACCCCAACAUAUAGUUUGGUACAAAUGUGAACCAUCAAAACAAAGAUGUGGUGAUUCAGACAUUAUAUUCCACACUAACAAGAACAACAAAAAAGUUCAGUCUGGGUUCAAAGGACGAGUGUCACUGUUGGAGCCUGAUGUGUAUCAGGGGAACUGCAGCAUCAUCAUCAAUGACCUCACAGAGUUUGACCCUGGAUCAUAUCAACUCAGAGUAAAUGGUUUCCUGAAUGGGAGGGAAGUUGGAUAUACAUUCUAUACAAGAGCAAGAGUCUCUGUUAAAGGUCUGACCCAGAGGCCCACAGUGAUGAUUCUUCCUCUGACAGAGGGACAGCAGACCACACUGACCUGCACUGCUCCUGGUCUCUGCUCUGGAUCUGACCCUGAAAUCACCUGGAUGUGGGGAGGAGCAGGAGAGACGGACUCUCGCACCACAGGAAACAUCACUGCUUUCAAGACUGAGGAUCUGACUGCUGUCACUCAGUGACACAGCUCAACUUUGACCUUUAACCCUUCAGCUAAACACCACGGCACUGAUGUCACCUGUAAGGUCAGCUUCACAAACAACAUCACAACAGAGGAGACUGUGACUCUGAACGUGACCUAUGUGAAGGAAGUUGAAAUCACUGGGAAUACAAGUGUGAAGGAGGGUGAGGCUCUGAGUCUGAUCUGCAGUGUUGAAAGUUUCCCUUCAGCUCUCAUUACAUGGACUAAAUAUUCUGAUGAAAUGCAAAAUAAAACAGAAACUAUUCUGCAGAACGACACUGUUACUGACCUGCAGAACUACACUGUUACUUACCUGCAGAUCGACACUGUGACCUUCCUGAUAAAAAGUGGAAUGGACACCUUUUCCAUCCUUAACGUGACAACAGCAGAUGCUGGACUGUACAUCUGCACAGCAAAACAUCAGAACAACACCCUGAUGGGAAAAGUUAAUGUCACAGUGAUAUAUAUGAGGAAACUUGUAAUCACUGGAGACACAACUGUUGAGAAAGGAGGUGCUUUAAAUCUGACCUGCAGUGUUGAAAGUUUUCCUCCGUCUCAUGUCACAUGGACUGUACGUGGUUCCAACACAAACCUGCAGAGUGGAGCUGAUAGUGACUUACAGAAGGACACUGGAUCAGCCACACUCUUCAUCUCUGAUGUGACAGCAGAACAUUCUGGACGGUACAUCUGUACAGCACAACACCUGGACACAACUGUGACUACAUAUGCUGAUGUCACUGUGACUUUGUUUUCAAAGAUCUUGGAAACCUCUGGAUGUGUGGUUCAGUCAGAGGUCCUGACUUGUGUGUGUAUCAGUGAGGGGUUUCCUUUGCCCACCAUCAAAUGGCCGCUGUUGAAGAAUCACACUGAGUACUCUGUCGUUACCACUGUGUCAAACCACACGGUCAACAGCACUGUCACUGUGACUGUAAAAGACCACAGCACUUCUGUUGAGUGUGUCAGCAGCAACACAAAUGGGGAAGCAAAAGAAAACCUCACCAUUCGAAAUGACAUCUCAGAUCAAGAUGGUCAAACCAGUGAAGUACUGAAAAUUGUCUCACGGCCUGAAGUGAUCAUUGCCUUUGUGAUUGGGGCAGUUCUUUCAGCAGUCCUUUGCUGUUUGGCAAAAAAAUGCCACAGAAAAAAACAGAAGAGCUCUGGAAAUCUGGAGGUGGUGACCGGUCAAGAAUAUCCACUGAUAGAAGCUGGUCAAACAGUGGAAGAUGAUCAGACCUACUACCAAGAGGCAGCUGAAGAAGGAGGAGCUGUGGCAGCAGAGAAAGCAAUGUCUGAUCUCAAUGGUGGACCAAAAGAUGUGGAGUACGCCAGCAUUGAUUUCUCAGUGAUGAAAAGGAGGAGUCCCAGGGAGGCAGCAAAGAAGCAGGAGACCACGGAGACAGAGUAUGCUGAAGUUAAGAAAACAGUGAAAAAGAAAAUGGAAGAGAAUGGUAAAGAGGAAGGUGAAGUUUUGGAGGGCAAAGAGGAGCAGGCGAUGAUCGAGGAGGAUGAGGAGACAAAACAGUAUGUUCCUGAAGAGGAGGAAGGGGAGGAAAUGGCAGUGUACUCCAGUGUGAAGGAUGUAAUGGAUGAGAUGUGACGACUGUUGCAUUGUGGAGUUGCUUGAGGAUAACGUUUCCUUGCUCUUAUCAGAUGUAAUGGACUGAUGAUGGAUUGUUAUUCUGGUGAAUGAAUGGUGGUCAUGUAAAUGGGUUUCACCACAAGGCUGUGAUCCUCAAACGCCAAUUUCAGCAUGUCGUAACCUUAAGUGGUGAAGACACUUCACACCUCUGUGUUAGGAGCUGUGCAAAUCCUUUCAUUCCACCAAGACUGGACUGGAAGUUCGACUGAAUUUCCUUAUAUGUCAUUGACCCCUCGCUAAGCCCCGCCACUUUGUGAUGGUCUGUCAAGCUGUUGGAGUAAGCAUGGAGCCCACACUGUAACUAACUGCACUCCCUGAAGAAAUAUUAUC